AUGUUGAAGAGGAUUCGCCACUCGCUGUUGUGUUUUCCAAGACGCCGGUGCGAUUGUGACGACGACACCGAUUCUUCUGGAGCCCAACCUAACCGCCCACGGGAAAGAGCACCAAAGCGUGCCCUACGUCAACCACUUCCUACGAACGUAGUGGCAGGCGCUGCUCCAGCUAGCCAACCCCAAGCUGACAGUGAAGGUGAAGUCAGCAGUGAAUAUGAGUAUAGCAGUGAGGAUGGUUAUCCUCCAGCUCCCCCACCCAGCGAGGUUUCCAUGUUCGACCAGGUUUCUCACACAGGAAUAUCACCCGCGAUGAGCGAGACAAAUCUCGAUGAUGACUCUUCAUCUGGUGAUGACCCAUAUUCCCUCUCAUCAAGAAAUCGGCACACAGACAGCCCGCCCAAGGUAAGUGAUACUGAUUCCAACGAGGGUUCAUCUGGUGAUGACUUUUACUCUGUCGCAACAAGAAAUUCACACCAAGGUAUUACUCCCCAGAUGAGUGAUGCUGGCCUCAGUGAGUCCCAAUAUGAAUCAUUCCCAGAAUCAGGAGAAAGCUCUCUUUUCGUGAGUGCAGGUGAAUACAAUGCCGAUGAAGAUGACUAUAAUGGAGCUGAUGAAGAAAGCCUUGAUCUGAACCAAGAUGAUGAUGAAGAAAUGUACGAAGACCCGGGAGAGUCCGAAGAACCCGAAACUCCCAGCCAAGAAUGGCCGAGUGAUUCUAGUGACAGGAGGCGUCGGCGUUCUCUAGAUAACCAAGCCAAAGCCGAUGCUGAACACAGAGGCCUUUAUGGAUCGAGGGGCAAUAGCGCCAGCAGCAAGCGCCAGCGUCUUGAAGACUCGGCCGACACCUCAACCGGGAGGGUGAGGACCGGCAUCGAACCGACAGCGAAGGAUGUUACCAGGUAUAGAAAUAUAGGAGCACAAUACCAAGCAUGGAUCGACGAUUCCCAAGCGCCAGGGUGCCGAAUUCAACCAGCAACAUUAACUAUAGAGGAGAUGACCGACGAAGCACAACUGAUCCCUUGGGCAGUCAAUGAAUCGUACUUCACAGUCGAGCAAAUGGCACUAGAAGGCGGCGAUAUCGAAUCGAUGAAUAUUGCUCGCGGUGGUCCGCGGUGGCGCUACACACACCUCCGACGGGAUCCAGGGCCAACCACACUCGAAGCUAAUGAAUUUGAACAUCGGGUCGCUCGUGGCGUUCUUGUUGCUGAGAGAAUUUACAGAGAAGACGGUCCUCAUUGGAAUGAGGUUGCUCGAGCUCAAUAUCUGCUUGAUUUUAACUUGAAAACUCUGAGACAUGUUAUCUUUACUGACGUCGAGAAUGAAGAAACAGCCCCAUAUAUAUGCUAUGAGCUAUACCCCAGAUGGGGUGUCAUAUGGACCCAGGCACAAAGCGUUGAUUGUAUGGUAUUUAAGCAUGGUAGUGCUGAGUAUCAAGAGCUCCUCGGGACAAAGUUGGGUAAAGCUACGGCUUGUCUUAUCCUUUCUUCAUUCCCCAGGGGCACGAUGAAGAUCACUCGUAUUGUCACUUGGUGCAAUUCGACCGCACCGCAGAUGCGAUUUGAGAUUGAACCUGUUAUUGCUUCGCCUAUUGCCUUGGCUACAGCUGCAUGA